AUGCUCAGGGUCCGACAGCUGCUGCUGUUGCUGCUCUUCAGGGGACUCCUAAUCGAUGCUGGUGCCUGGACUGGAGAUGUCACAAACUCCGACACUGAGGAUAACCUGCAAUCCUCCCCAGAGAAGGGUUGGUGCUCCACAUGGGGAACUGGCCACUUUUCCACCUUUGACGGCCAUGAGUAUAAUUUCCAAGGGAUGUGUAAUUACAUCUUUACGGCCACCUGUGGAGAUGACAUGCCCGCCACCUUUAGCAUCCAGUUGCGGAGAGAUAUGGAUGGGACUAUCUCCCGGAUCAUCAUGGAACUGGGGGCCUCUGUGGUUACUGUGAACAAGGAAACCAUCUCUGUCAGGGACAUUGGGGUUGUUAGCCUGCCCUACACCAGCAAUGGCCUCCAGAUCACACCAUACGGCCAGAGCGUGCAGCUGGUGGCUAAGCAGCUGGAGCUGGAGCUGGUCAUCACGUGGGGUCCAGAUGCCCAUCUUACGGUCCUGGUAGAGACGAAGUACAUGGGCAAGCUAUGUGGACUGUGUGGAAACUUCGAUGGAAAGAUAGACAAUGAAUUUCUGAGUGAGGACGGCAAACUUUUGGAACCCCAUAAGUAUGCUACACUCCAGAAGCUAGAUGACCCCAACGAGAUCUGCGCCCAUGAAGCCAUCCCCAGCCCCAUCAUCCUGAAGACCAGAUACGCCCAGAUCUGCAACCAGCUACUGACCCUGGUGUCCCCUGGGUGUGACAUACCAAAGGAGACACUGAUGUUGAGCUGCCAGGCAGACAUGGCCGCCUGUGCCCGACCAGGCCAGCCAAACUGCAGCUGUGCCACACUGUCUGAGUACUCCCGGCGAUGCAGCAUGACUGGCCAGCCUGUCCGAAACUGGAGGACUCCCGGACUCUGCCCCAUGAGCCAGUGCCCAGCCAACCAAGUGUACCAGGAGUGCGGUGAGGUCUGCGUCAAGACUUGCUCCAACCCACAGCACAGCUGCUCCAGCCCCUGCACCUUCGGCUGCUUCUGCCCCCACGGUACACUGCUUGACGAUAUAUCCGGAAACCAGUCCUGUGUGCCAGUCAACCAGUGCCCCUGCAUGCUCAAUGGUAUGGUCUAUGGCCCUGGGGAGAUCACAAAGACAGCCUGUCAAACCUGCCAGUGUACCAUGGGCCACUGGACAUGCACAAAGCAGCCGUGUCCUGGCCACUGCUCCCUAGAAGGUGGCUCCUUUGUCACCACAUUCGACGCCAGACCCUACCGCUUCCAUGGCACCUGCACCUACACUCUUCUCCAGAGCCCACAGCUCCCCAGUGAAGGCACCCUCAUGGCUGUGUAUGACAAGUCGGGUUACUCGCACUCAGAGACCUCCCUAGUGGCCAUCAUGUAUCUGUCCAAGAAGGACAAAAUUGUCAUCUCAGUAGAUGAAGUGAUCACCAACAACGGGGACACCAAAUUGCUGCCAUACAAGACACACAACAUCACCAUCUUCAGGCAGACAUCCACCCACCUCCAGAUGGCUACCACCUUCGGGCUGGAACUUGUGUUCCAGAUGCAGCCUGUCUUCCAGGUGUACAUUACAGUCGGGCCCCAGUUCAAAGGCCAGACCAGAGGGCUCUGCGGCAAUUUCAAUGGAGACACAACAGACGAUUUCACAACCAGCAUGGGUAUUGAUGAAGGCACUGCCUCACUCUUUGUGGACUCUUGGCGUGCUGGGAACUGUCCAGCUGCCCUAGAGCGUGAGAUGGACCCCUGCUCCAUGAGCCAGCUCAACAAGGUGUGUGCAGAGACCCACUGCUCCAUGCUGCUGAAGAAGGGCAGUGUGUUUGAGAAGUGCCACAGUGCAGUGAACCCCCAGCCCUUCUACAAGAGAUGUGUGUACCAGGCCUGCAACUACGAGGAGACCUUCCCUCACAUCUGUUCUGCACUGGGGGCCUAUGCCCAUGCCUGCUCUGCCCGCGGCAUCCUGCUCUGGGGCUGGAGGAACAGUGUGGACAACUGUACUGUGCCUUGCACUGGCAACCGCACAUUCAGCUAUGAUAGCCAGGCCUGUGAUCGUACCUGCCUGUCUCUGUCGGACCGUGAGACGGAGUGUCAUGUGAGUCCUGUGCCAGUGGAUGGCUGCAACUGUCCUGAGGGCACCUACUUGAACCACAAGGCAGAAUGUGUGCACAAGGCCCAGUGCCCCUGUCUGCUGGAUGACUACAAGUUUGUCCAAGCUGAUCAGUCAACCAUGAUCAACGGGGUCAUAUGUCACUGCAUCAAUGGGCGCCUGAGCUGUCCACGGCAAGCGGAGAUGUUCUUUGCAUCCUGCCCAGAGCCCAAGACCUUCCAGUCCUGCAGCCAGUCGUCAGAGGACAAGUUCGGAGCUGCGUGUGCCCCCACGUGCCAGAUGCUGGCCACAGGCAUUGACUGUGUGCCCACCAAGUGUGAGUCCGGCUGCGUCUGUCCUAAGGGGCUCUAUGAGAACAGCGACGGGCAGUGUGUGCCUGCAGAGGAAUGCCCAUGUGACUAUGCAGGGGUGUCCUACCCUGGUGGUUUUGAGCUCCAUACAGACUGUAAGACAUGCACCUGCUCACAGGGAAGGUGGACCUGCCAGCUUAGCACACAAUGUCCAUCCACCUGUGUCCUCUACGGCGAAGGCCACAUCAUAACUUUUGAUGGACAACGCUUUGUGUUUGAUGGCGACUGCGAAUACACAUUGGCCACGGAUGACUGUGGGACCAACAGCUCACAGCCUACCUUCAAGGUCUUGACAGAGAAUGUCAUCUGUGGGAAGUCCGGAGUCACCUGCUCCAGAGCCAUCAAGAUUUCCCUGGGUGGGCUCUUCAUCACGAUGGCAGACAGUAACUACACAGUCAGCGGGGAAGAGCCCCUGGUGCACCUGCAAGUGAAGCCUAGCCCCCUGAAUCUUGUCCUGGACAUAGACAUCCCUGGAAGGCUCAACCUGACACUCGUAUGGAACAAGCACAUGAGUGUCUCUAUCAAGAUCCGCCGCGCUACCCAGGAUGCCCUCUGUGGCUUGUGUGGCAACGCCAAUGGGAACAUGAAAGAUGACUUCGAAACACGUAGCAAGUAUGUGGCGUCCAACGAACUGGAAUUUGUGAAUUCGUGGAAGGAAAGCCCACUGUGUGGGGAUGCGAGUUACACGGUGGAUCCCUGCAGCCUGAAUACCUUCCGGCGCUCCUGGGCGGAACGAAAAUGCAACAUUAUCAACAGCCAGACCUUUGCUGCCUGCCACAGCAAGGUAUACCACCUGCCCUACUAUGAGGCCUGCGUGCGUGACGCCUGUGGGUGUGACACGGGCGGGGACUGCGAAUGUCUGUGUGAUGCAGUGGCUGCCUAUGCCAAGGCCUGUCUGGACAAGGGCGUGUGUGUGGACUGGAGAACCCCAGACUUCUGCCCCAUCUACUGUGACUUCUACAACACCCACACAUUAGUGGGUGAGAAUGAAUACCAGUAUGCUCAGGAGUCCAACUGCACGUGGCACUACCAGCCCUGUCUCUGCCCUGGCAGCCUAGGAAGCUUCCCGAACACCAACACAGAAGGCUGUUACAACUGCUCCCAGAAUGAGUACUUCGACCACAGUGAAGGGACCUGUGUACCCUGUGCACCACCCACUACCACACCACCGCCAACCACCACAGGUUCACAGCCUACCACGGAAACCACCAUCAGCACUGAGUUUCACAGUUCCACCUCUGCAAACACACCUGUGGCCCCCUCCUACCUGCCAGGUCUUCCGACCCCACCACCUUCAGCCCCGUCCUUCACUGAGGAACUAACAGUCUGGACCACCCCCAAGGAAUCCACAGUCUCCUCGGGAGAAUACCCUCAAACCACCAUGGCUGCCACACCUCCGACAUCACCUUUGCCUCCUACAUCCAUACCGAAGUCAACACCCACAGGGCUCCCAGUGACACAGGCCACAUCCAAGCCCACAGCAUCUUCCCUCAGCUCAUCUACGAAGACCACAGCUGAGUUAACAGAGAGUACCACAGUGACCUUGCUAACCUUAAUGCCUGGGAUGUCUACCAGCCAAGAUAAGACCUCAGCAUCCUACACGACGCAAGAUCAGUCCACAUCGUUCCACCUCACGACGAUAUCCAAUUGGCCCACCAACGGACCGCAGCACUUCUCCCACUGGAAGCUCCUCACCUUCUACCCCAGUAUCACCCUCCAAUCCGGACUCCUCAGUCUCCUCGCCACCCUCGCAUCCUGGGACCUGCAGCUUACAGGAGGAAGAGCACCAGAUUGCUUACCGGGGCUGUGUGGCAAAUGUGACUCUAACUCGUUGCCAGGGUUUCUGCGCCUCCUCUGUCAGUUGGAGUCCAGCUGUGGCUGCUGUCAGCCCCUGAGUACCUACAAGAAGCAAUUCUCACUGCCCUGCCCAGAUCCCGAUGCGCCAGGGCAGCAGCUCACACUCACCCUCCAAGUGUUCAGCAGCUGUGUAUGCAGCCCCCUGCAGUGCAAGAACUGA